ACCGGAUGAGCACAUGCACCCAUCCUCUGUAAUCUGCCUGCCAGGACGGAGAAAGGAUCUCUGGAGAGGAAGCCGGGUGUCGCUGGUCGGAGGAAAAAAGACACAAUUUAGUCUCUAUUAAACAUUCUUGACAACAGAAGAAGGAUGUCUAAAGGACCCGCUGUCGGCAUUGAUCUUGGCACCACAUACUCCUGUGUGGGCAUCUUCCAGCAUGGCAAAGUGGAGAUCAUUGCCAACGAUCAAGGAAACAGGACUACGCCCAGCUAUGUGGCCUUCACAGACACCGAGAGACUGAUUGGUGAUGCAGCCAAGAACCAAGUGGCCAUGAACCCGACUAAUACCGUGUUUGAUGCUAAGCGUUUGAUCGGUCGUAAGUUUGACGAUACCGUGGUGCAAGCCGACAUGAAGCAUUGGCCCUUCAAGGUUGUCAAUGACUCAUCUAAACCCAAGAUGGAGGUCGAAUACAAGGGGGAGAUCAAGACCUUCUUCCCUGAGGAAAUUUCCUCGAUGGUCCUCACCAAGAUGAAGGAGAUCUCCGAAGCCUAUCUUGGCAAGUCUGUGACCAAUGCCGUCAUCACAGUUCCUGCUUACUUCAACGACUCCCAACGUCAAGCCACCAAAGACGCUGGGGCCAUCGCAGGGCUCAAUGUGCUGCGUAUCAUCAACGAACCCACCGCAGCUGCCAUUGCUUACGGUUUGGACAAAAAGGUUGGUAGUGAGCGCAACGUCCUUAUUUUUGACCUGGGAGGAGGCACUUUCGAUGUGUCCAUCCUGACCAUCGAGGAUGGCAUCUUCGAGGUCAAGUCCACUGCUGGUGACACCCACUUGGGUGGUGAGGACUUUGACAACAGGAUGGUCAAUCACUUCAUUAAUGAGUUCAAGCGCAAGUUCAAAAAGGACAUCAACAACAACAAACGAGCCGUGCGUCGUCUCCGUACCGCCUGCGAACGCGCCAAGCGCACCCUCUCCAGCAGCACCCAGGCCAGCAUUGAGAUUGAUUCCCUCUACGAGGGAACUGACUUCUACACUUCCAUCACUAGAGCUCGUUUUGAGGAACUCAAUGCAGACCUUUUCCGUGGAACCCUGGAGCCUGUGGAAAAGGCACUCCGAGAUGCAAAGAUGGACAAGGCCCAAAUCCAUGAUAUUGUUCUGGUGGGUGGCUCGACUCGUAUCCCCAAGAUUCAAAAGCUCCUGCAGGAUUUCUUUAAUGGCCGUGAGCUCAAUAAGAGCAUCAACCCUGACGAGGCUGUGGCCUACGGAGCAGCUGUUCAGGCGGCCAUCUUGGCUGGUGAUAAGUCUGAGAACGUACAGGACCUGCUCCUGCUGGAUGUCACACCCCUGUCCCUGGGAAUUGAGACCGCUGGAGGAGUAAUGACCGUCCUUAUCAAAAGGAACACCACCAUUCCCACAAAGCAAACCCAGACCUUUACCACCUAUUCCGACAACCAGCCUGGUGUGCUCAUUCAGGUUUAUGAAGGUGAACGAGCCAUGACGAAGGAUAAUAAUAUCCUGGGCAAGUUUGAGUUAACCGGUAUCCCGCCUGCUCCCAGAGGGGUCCCACAAAUCGAGGUGACGUUUGACAUCGACGCUAACGGCAUUCUCAAUGUGUCUGCUGUGGACAAAAGCACCGGAAAAGAGAACAAGAUCACCAUUACCAACGACAAAGGACGACUGAGCAAAGAGGACAUUGAACGCAUGGUGCAUGAAGCCGAGCAGUUCAAGGCUGAAGAUGACAUCCAGAGGGAAAAGGUCACGGCGAAGAACUCCCUGGAGUCUCUGGCCUUCAACUUAAAGAGCACUGUCGAGGACGAGAAGCUCCAAGAUAAGAUCAGCCCUGAGGAUAAAAAGACCAUCAUUGACAAGUGCAAUGAGGUCAUUUCAUGGUUGGAUCGGAACCAGACGGCAGAGAAAGAAGAGUACGAUCACCAGCAGAAAGAACUAGAGAAGGUGUCCAACCCGAUCAUGUCCAAGCUUUACCAAGGGGGUAUGCCGGAAGGAAUGGCAGGCGGGAUGCCAGGGGGGAUGCCUGGCGGUUUCCCUGGUGGGGCUGGAGGAGGCUCAUCCUCUGGCCCAACUAUCGAGGAGGUCGACUAAAGAAAAUAUUGUCUUACGGCUGCUUUCAUCAAUAAAAAAGCAAAUGGUGAAAAUGCUGUCCAAUGAAAAACGUGUAUCUCCAUGCAUGUUUUUUCUUUGAGGACACAUUAGUUUAAACCAUUACUUCAAAUUAAGUAUAAACCCAAAUCAAAUUGUUGUCUUAAUGAUCCAGUGAUGUUAUAAAAAUCAUACUUCCUGGAAUAAAUGUCAGUAAAAAAAUCAAUCAUAACAAUCUGA